AUGAAGUGUUUGCUGAUUGUUGCCCUGCUCCCGGCACUAGCCCUCGGUUUGGCGGUCCGGCCUUGUCCCGGUGGAGCACCGAUUCCGCAGGAUGUGCGCGUAGUGGGCUGUACGGCGGAACCGUGCAUCAUCCCGAUCGGUGGUAUGGUCGAUAUGGAUUGUGACUUCGUAUCGCCGCGCGCCACCGCUACCGUGUCCGCAGUCUUGAGCAUCUUUUUGGGAGAUUUCCAAGUACCGUAUGAGCUGCCACCAAACCAACGGAACGCUUGCCUUUUCUUCGAGGCGGGCAGCUGCCCGGUAACACAGGGUGAGUUCAUCAACUACCAUCUGAGCACACCGGCAGCGGCACCGUUCGCUGGCAUCACCGUCGAUCUGGAGCUGCAGCUUUUGGAUGAUAAUGGUGGACAACUGUUUUGCUUCCGUUCGUCGGCAACGAUUACCCCUGCCUAG